AUGACUGACCUACCAUCCAUCACCUGCCUCCUAUCAACUAUCGUUAAAUCUCAAGCGUCCUUUUCGAGGAACGUCGUCUACUUGGUUGAGCAUGUCGCCGCCGCCGCCGCCCCACCAACGACAAUCUCCAUAGUCGCCCCUAUUCGCUUCCUUGCUACCCAGGUCGAUCGUUCCACCUAUCGUGCGAUGAGCGAAUUUUGGAUACUCCUCAGUGUUGGGUACGAUUCCAUAACUUGCCCUCAGAUAGCCGCCUCUAGCAAGUUCUACGACGAACGUUCCGAUAAGGUCGUGGGUCACUGCCAAAGGGCAAGAGAAGAAUUAGUUCCCGUCAUGGAAGACAUUCUAACCAAUCUUGAACCACAUCUCAUUUCCCACCUGCGUUACUUGGAUAGAAUGGACCGUUUUCUUCGCUUUAUGAGGGAAAUUCCAGGCUUCUGGUCCGGGCGCAGUGAUCUCGACGACCUUCCAGACCUUAUUUCCUCAGUCCGCAGUUCAUGUCACAUUAUGAUGACCUGCCUCGAUUAUGUCGAGCGCUAUGUGUGCAUUCUCCGAGAUUGUUUUCGUGACAGAGCUUGGGUAACCCGCCAUGCGGGUCGCCCAGAGUUGCAGUGGUGCCUGCUCGGUACCAUGGCUUCGCUGAGGCACACCACAUCCACUCUUAUACAAAACGGCUUGACAUAA